AUGCGCACCGCUUUCGCCACUGCUCUUGUUUCUGCCGCCGUUCUCGGCGUUUCUGCCGCCCCUGGUCUCUCUUUGUCUAUCGUCACCCCCGAAUCCGUGGCCGAUGUCGAGAACUUGUCUGUGACUGCAGUCGUCAAGAACACUGGUACUGAGACACUCAAGUUGCUCAAAGACCCUCGCGGUGUACUUUCGUCCGCCAAGACCCACACUUUUAAUGUCGCAAAUGAGAAGGGAUCCCCUCAAUUCACUGGAAUGUUUGUUAAAUACUCGCCCGACUAUGUUGUGAAGAAAAACAACGCGGCUGAUUUACCAUCUUGGCGCCUGGUCAGACCUAUGAGCUCACUCACAAUCUUGCUGGAGUGUACAACUUUACCAACACGGUGCUGGCGAAUUCAAGACGCAUCCAACCUCUUCCAGUAUGUCGAUGCUUCUGGAAAGCUAGCUAGCAUUGAGGCAUCGACCCAAUCCAACAAGGUCGCACUUACUGGCAACUUGGUUUCCACUCGUGUGAGGCCUACCAAGAUUGAAUCUCGCUCUCUUGGAAAGCGCAUCGCCUACGUUGGAUGCAGUACCACCCGCCAGUCCCAGAUCGCCACCGCUGUGACGUCCGCUAACAGCUAUGUGUCAGCUGCUACCUCUUACUUGAAUGGCAUCAGCUCCGGUACUACCCGUUACACCACCUGGUUCGGUACCUACUCAUCUUCCCGCGCCUCGACUGUCCGCUCUCACUUCUCUGCCAUUGGUACUGAUGCUUCAAGCACUACCUACGACUGCUCCACCUGCACAUCGAGUGCAUAUGCAUACGUGUACGCCAACCAGCCCGGCCGUGUCUACCUCUGCAGUGCCUUCUGGAGUGCGCCCAACACUGGUACUGACUCUAGGGCUGGUACCAUCGUCCAUGAGCAAUCUCACUUCACUGUCAAUGGCGGUACCCAAGACAUCGUGUACGGACAGUCUGGUGCCAGGAGCCUCGCCUCCUCGAGCCCUGACCGAGCUAUUCAGAACGCUGACAGCCACGAGUACUUUGCGGAGAACAACCCCGCGCAAUCUUGA